AUGGACUCACGCACAUAUCCAUACCUACCCUGCACUGGGACCAAGACAGCAUCAUCCUCUCCACAUUCUUAUUCUUAUUCUCCUUCCCCUUCAUCAUCUCCCGUUGGAACUUUAUCUACCUGGGACCCCGAAACGGGGAUCUCUACACACCCAUUGAAGAUCUACAGUGAUGAGGAAGUCUUCGUUGGUCGUGAUGGGAAGAGAUGUCAAUACGCCAUAAAUAACCCCUUCAUCUCCAAUAAACAUUUAAGAAUCUACACCAUCCUUUUCGACAGGGAGAACCCCUCCGACGUCGCCCCGCUGGUGUACGCGCAGGAUCUCUCCCUGAACGGGACAUUAUGGAAUGAUAUUCCCAUGGGGAAAGGGAAUGGUAGUUUCCUCUUGAGUGAUGGGGACACGCUGAGGUUAUCGCCGGGGAUUAUUUUAAGGUUUCAACAAUGCCCUGAUAAUACUGGCAAUGCUACUGCUGAGGGGUGUUUUGAUGCAUUGCAGCGAGCUGAGAUGAAGAUCUUCAAGGAUCAGUACGCUAUCACACCUCGCAAGCUGGGUUCGGGUGCAUACGGGCGGGUCCAUAUGGCGAUUGACAAGGAGGGGGGCCGUCAGCUUGCAUGCAAAAUUGUCGAUCUGCGGAUGAUUAGACGGAGGAUUGAGAAAUUGGAGGAGCUGAAGCAGAAGUCGUCGAGGAUUUUCCAGAAUGCUGAUGGACAUGGAGGGCCUUCUAUUAAGAUCAGCAAAGGCGGUACCGCAAAGCUAGUUGCUGUUCGCCAGAUGGGACGAUCUGCGUCCAGGGGCAUCCGGGAGAAGCUGAAAGUGUACGACCGAGAGGCUAGGGUUUUGGAGAGGCUCUGCCAUCCAAAUAUCAUCGGCGUGGAAAAGGUGAUUAAGUCUGAAAAUACCAUUUAUCUCUUCCAAGACCUAGUGACGGCUGGAGAUCUGUUCUCUUUCAUUGAAUACAAGGGAGGGAAGGUAGGUGGGAUAGAGGCAGCAGUGAUAAUCAGACAGGUUCUCAUGGCAUUGGAUUACCUACACGAUCGGAAUAUCGUCCACCGAGACUUGAAGCCUGAUAACAUCCUCAUGACCUCGCUCGCCGACGGGUGCCGAGUCGUGUUGACAGACUUUGGCUGCGCCAGGCGGGUGAAACCUGAUAUCGAGCGAAUGUCGACAGUGAUCGGGACAUUCGAAUACAGCGCGCCAGAAGUGCUCAAGCAAAGCAGACAAGGCUACACCAAGGCUGUUGACCUCUGGUCACUGGGCUGCAUUACUGUCGUCCUCCUUACAGGAGGUUCCCCAUUUCUAGAUCCGGCAACAGGCGCGUAUUCCGACGAGUUGGCCCAGAAAUGCGAUCUCAAGAGACUCGAAGCCGACCUGGAAUGGCACAAGGCCGGAAAGCGGGCGAAGGACUUCGUUCACCGGUUACUCGUACUCGAUGAGACAAAGCGGAUGAAGGUAAAGCAGGCGCUGAGUCACUGCUGGUUCACAAACCCGAUCUACAAGAGGGAGCUGGAGGAGCUGUAUGACCGGUCGGUUAGAGACUGGAAGCCACGUCCCCACAGGGGCUCUUUGAUCGUCGAACUUGGCAAGUUCUCCGGGGUUGACCGUAGCCAGGAAGAUCCAUUCUCAGACACAGCUUCAGAUUCGUCUUUACCUGAAGAUUCGUCGAUCCAUUCCAGGGACAGGGAGGGUUGUGAUCCGUAUGACGGUUGCUCUACGACGCUCUCAGAUCCUGAGUUACCGGCAUUCCACCGUAAGGGUAAGAUGGAGGAGAAAUUUCAGCUCCCACAAGAGAGAAAGAGUCAAUUCUCACCCGUAGGGCGUCUCCCAUUCAGCUCCGAUGCAUGGAUGAAGAGGAAUGGGGCCAAUCACAGCGCGCUGGGGAAGCAUAAGGGCCAGGACGGUCCCAGCAUGAUGGCUGGCAGUGAAACAAGGAUGACUCCUACGCUGGGAAUGCCAAACAUAGAAUCGACCGACAGACGCGAGAAUCCGCCACAGUUGCUACCCAUCGAUAUGGAAAUACUCUCCACAAUAAACAGUGGCGAUCCAAGGAUGACUGGCAAGAAGAGUCGUGCAGGCAGCAAUGACCCGCAUUGUCAUGACAGUGACUUUGAGGACCAGGUGUAUGAGGAGGUGGAUAACCUGAUCACUGGAGAGCGACAACGAGUCAUCUACGGGAUGACUACACCGGCAGAGGCAAGGAUGUGGUAAAUGGCGCAAGGGAAUCAACCUGCUAAAACUGAGAGAGAG